AUGUGGGAAGAAGAGGAGGUCAAGCUCGGAGGCGGCAGCAGCAGCGACACGGGUCUGGCCAGCGCCGCGGCGCGGGGGCAGGUGGAGGCUGUGCGGCAGCUCCUGCAGGCGGGCGCCGAUCCCAACGGAGUCAACGGCUUCGGGAGGCGUCCGCUCCAGGUCAUGAUGAUGGGCAGCACCCGCGUGGCCGAGCUGCUGCUGGCCCACGGCGCGGACCCCAACUGCGCGGACCCCGCCACCUGCACGCGGCCGGUGCACGACGCGGCCCGGGAGGGCUUCCUGGACACGCUGGCGGCGCUGCACCGAGCCGGGGCGCGGCUGGCCGUGCGCGACGCCUGGGGCCGCCUGCCCGUGGACCUGGCCGAGGAGUGUGGGCACCGGGACAUCGUCCGCUACCUGCGCGCCACCGCGGGGGACUGAGGGCGGGCGCACCCGCUGCCCGCAACGACUUUUCUUUUCUCCCCAACUCCCCAUCACCGACCUAGUCCAAUGGAGGCUGCAACGUACUUUUAUGGAUCCCACCCUGGACCCUCAACCGCAGCCCAAGGCAGAGAGGUGGGGCCAGAGGUUUCCGGCGAGAUUUUGGAGCGCAAUGUUUCGUUCCCAGCUGUUGUUUCCUGGAAGAAAAGUGCGAUCAUGGAGUUCUGGAAGGCCCUGGAGAUGGGGGCAGAGUGGGAGGCAGCGGGAUCGGCCUCCGGGGGAGUGGGGAGGGAGAGGAGGGGGAGGAAGGUGAGAUGGUGGCCGCACUGACCUGGAGGGAGCCCCUCGCCAGCCCUCACUUCCCGCUUUGGGCACUUGAGGCUCCAAGGGAAGACGCCGAGCCCCCGGACCUGAGGAGGAUGUGGGUGCCAGUGGGCUCCCUACGCCUUACUUGUUGUGCGAGAUUUUGUCCUCUGUUUGCAAGUCACCUGCAAACACGGAUUCACUGGACGUUCUGGAGCCAGCGCCACCCACGGGGUAGUGACUGGAGGGGAAAAUGGGGAACCGCCGCGAAUGCGCCUUUAUGUCCUAAAAUCCUGCGUCAAGUUGGUGUAAGACGGCGCUGGGGAAGGGGCCGGCACUUGCUGUUUGUUAUUCAUUCCAAGGAGAGCUUCCUGCGUUCCAGACUUCAACCAUCAAACCAAAAGAAGAAGAUGCUGCGGGGGCGGGGGCGGGAGGCAGGAGGUUGGGAGGGGCAUUUUAGGAGACUAAACUGUACAGGUGAACUAACAGUUUGCUUCAUCUACUUGUAUAUACGAUAGGGAUAGGAUACAAACACACCCUCUGUAAGUCCCCACUUGGAAAGAUCUCAUGAUAUAGUUUGUACUUUGCUUUGUUCUUCGGUAACAAUCCUGAUGAGCAGACUCUAAACAACAGAGUCGUUGGGGUAAAGAAACAAGGAACAACUACAGCUCUUACAUGAGGCCAGCACAGUGCCAACGCCUAGAUUACUUUCCAGCUUAACCUAUUUAUUUGUUACAUUUUCUCUGUCUUUCACCAGACUGUCUCAGGGGGUCAAACUGUGAAAUAUCUUCUACAAGAUCAAUGCACUUAGCCAGCAAGUUGUCUCCAGAUACUUCCCAGGUGGUUGCUGAAGAAGUAGAUUGACUAUAAAAUUGUUGAAAAUAGAUUAUUAUGACUCGUGGAAUGUCUUAAUAUCUGCUAAAGGUGCACUGCUUUGGGACUUAAUUUCCAGUGUUGCUUGAUUGGUUACAGUAUUGAAACAACUGAUACUUCACUGCUUUAAUAAAGAAAAAAACAACAGAGAUUGGACUCCAAGAUGUGGGUAGAUUGGCUUUAAAAUGUAUGUGCAUGGAUUUAUCUACCACUAACUCCUGAGAAAUGGUAAAGACUCAAAAGGGUUCACAUCUCUCACUGUUUGUAAUAAUUACUAAGUGAUACCAAUAAAAAUUUAUACAAACUGGUUCCACAUACAUUGAAAGAUUUAACAUAUAGAGUGUGUGUGUGAGAAGAGGGAACAGAAAAGGUGCUUUUGAGCUAAAUUUUUAAAAUUACACUCUCCCUCAAGUCUUUAUUCUCCACAUAAAUAUAUUACUGAGGAAGCUUAAUUGAGAAUCAGAGUAUAUCUUCUUUUGGGGGAAAAUAUGUAAACAUUUAUUGACAUAUAAUUCGUGUGAGGCAUGCUUUACGUACAUUUGUUCACUUAACACUUAAAAUUAUCUUGGGAGAGCGGUAUUAUUUCCCAUAUGAGGGAAAUGAGGGGAUAUCAAGCAGCUUAUCAAAGAUCCCAAGAUAUUCAUUCCACCAUGGUUAUGCAAAGUAAGUCUAUCUGGCUCCAAAGCUAUGGUUUGAUUUGUAGGGUUUUCCCACUGCACCAUCCUGUUCUCCAAAAAAUGAUUAAUAAUAAAGAUAAAAUCAAUAAAAUAUAUUUUUUAAAAAAGAUAAAGUCAACUAAAAUUUUUUUGAAACAAUAACACUUUUUCUGCCUUGUAUGGGAUCUCCCUUAUAAGUUCCUAGGAUACUUUUUCUUCCUAUAAUAUCUAACAAUUCUGAACAGAUUGUUUUUAAAUCUAUCUUAAAAUGUCAACAACAUGAACAGCCCCCAAAAGAGUGACCUAAAAAUUACUUUGGGAACAAAAAUAAUGAAAUCGCCAUUUUCAAAUUAAGCUAUAAGGACAGAAAAUACAAUUGUAGUUAGCACAUAAGCACCCAGUCAUAACUGUCUACAAGAAUAGUAUUUUUCAAGUUUAUAUUGUUUUACAAUUACUAAGAAGCAUUCUUUAUGAAAGAAGUCAAUUGAUAAUUUAAAAUUAUCCAUUUGAUUUAUGAAAUCCUUAUUUUUUCCUCUAAUAAGUUCCAAGACAUUCAAAUUGGCUAGUUGCAUAAGGCUGACUAAUGAAAAAUAAUCCCUUGAAAUUAAUGUGAAAUGUGAUUUCACUCCUAAUUUAAGGAAAUUAUGCGAUCUGAUGAUAACUUGAUAUUAAAGGAAACUAAGAAAAUAUGGUUGUGGAUCACAGUAACAUUCUGUUGUUUUUUGUUUUAUCAAUAUAUAUAAACCCCAGGCAAAAAGAGCAGAUGAAGAAAAGGGAAAUUAAGACUUGAUUGGAAGAUAGAAAACUUAGGUUCCACUACUGGUUCUUUACUUAAAUACAUGACUUACUAAAUGAUGUAA